AUGGCCACUCAGCAGAUUCAAUCUAAGGGAAUCUAUCACGGCCUGCCAGUCUUUCCUCCCGAGUCCAAUGGCCUGACGGCAAUCAUAACAGGCGCAAAUGGGAUUUCAGGCUUCUAUAUGCUACGUGUUCUGGCACAAUCGCCAGAGCGUUGGAAGAAGAUUUACUGCCUCUCGCGUCGCCCGCCCCUUGUACCAGGAGGACUUCCACCCAAUGCCGAACACAUCGCGCUAGACUUUCUCAAAUCCCCGGAUGAAAUCGCCCAGACCCUGAAAGAAAACAACGUCAAGGCUGAUCAUGUGUUUUUCUUCUCGUAUAUCCAGGUUGAGCCCAAGCCUGGAGCGGGCCUCUGGUCCGACGCUGAUGAAAUGUGCCGCGUGAACAAGCUUCUCUUGGAUAACUUCCUGGGCGGUUUGAUCAAGGCCAACAUCAAACCUCGGAAUUUCAUGCUUCAAACAGGAGCCAAAAACUAUGGUGUUCACCUGGGCCCAACAAAAGUACCACAAGAAGAAUCCGAUCCGCGGGUCGAGCUCGAGCCCAAUUUCUACUAUCCCCAGGAAGAUUCACUUUGGAAGUAUAGCAAGGAACAUGGCGUAAGCUGGACCAUUGCGAUGCCAGGUCCCAUACUUGGAGCUGUGCCGGACGCGGCCAUGAAUGCGGCCAUGCCGCUCGCGGUGUAUGCAGCGGUGGCCAGGCACCUGGGAACGGCGCUCGAGUUCCCAGCCGACAUUGCGUCGUGGCAAAUGUACCAAAGCAUGAGCUCCAGCAUGAUGAAUGCAUACUUGGAAGAGUGGAGCGCGCUCACGUCAGCGGCCCAAAACCAAAAGUUCAAUGCUUGUGAUAAUAGUGCCUUUACCUGGGAAGGAUUCUGGCCCAGGCUGGCAGGCUGGUACGGCAUCGAGUGGAAAGGCCCCGAUACUGGAGCCACAUGGAUCGAAAGGGAAACAAGAUUCAAUCCGAGAGGUUAUGGUGGCAAGGGUGUUUCUAGGAGAAAGUUCACUUUCGUCGACUGGGCGAACCAGGAUCAUGUUCAGACGGCAUGGAAGCAGAUUGCAGAGGAGCAUGACCUGCAGCAAAAAGAAUUCAAAGAUAUUGACCGUAUCUUUGGUUUCUUGGAUGGCGCCAUCACAAGAGCUGGCCCGUUGAUUUUCAGCACCGACAAGGCACGCAAACUGGGAUUUCACGGCUUUGUCGACACGUCAGAGGUCUUGCUCGAGGUCUUUGAUGACUUGGCCAAACUCAAGAUGAUCCCGCCUGUGCCAAAAGUUGUCGUCAAAUUUAACUAG